AUGGUGUCUGCGGUACGUGCCCAACAAAUCUUGUUCACAACCAAAGGUUUGAAUAAUACAUCAUGGUUAUGUCAUCGUAUAACAUCAUCAGCACCAACACCAACUAUAACUGAAUUAACUCAUCAACUUGCUAUUGAUGCUGCUAGUCCAAUGAAAAAGUCCAUAGCAGGUGCACCAUAUAAAUCACUUCCAAUUGGAUUUACAUUAAAUGUGGAAGAAAAUGCUGGUUUAGAUGUAUCGUUUCAUAAUGAAGAUUAUCAUAAUGCUGGAGCGAAAAUUGUUUCACGAAAUACAGCAUAUGCAUCAAAUAUUAUUCUUCAAGUUCGACAAUCAAAUCAAGAAGUUCGUUAA